AUGGCGGGAUUCUUCAAGAAACACAAGGAGGCAGACAAACCGGGAAAAACCGGGACGAAUGAAAUAGCCCAGGCAGCUUCCGCUACUAAAGAUGCAUUGGCGCCCGGCGCACCAGAGGGCGAUAAGCCCGCGCCCGUCCUCGACGACGAGGACGAGCAGUUCCUGCAGCGACUCGUGUCAAACGACGAUGACGACGGGCCGCCGCCGCCCCUCCCACCGCGCCCAAAGACGCCCGACCUGACCUGGGACAGUGACAGCGAGUCGAUCCGGCUUGCCCAAAACGAAAAGCCCGCCGAGUCCACCACCACCACUACCACCACCACCACAGCCAAGAAACCAAACCGCUUAUCCCGCCUCUUCCACCACAAACCCUCUUCCUCCUCCAACAACAACACCCUGACCGUCCCCAACAGCAGCACCACUGUCCCGCCGGAAGAAGCAGACCGCGAAUGGGCCGACCUGAACCUCGUGCUCUCCCGUCUCGGCAUCGAGCCCACCAGCACCGAGGUUACCGAAUUCUCCAACCUUUCCAAAAGUCCUACUCCCAGCAAAACCAAAGCCGCCGCACUCGCCGCCUCAGUCGAGGUGCAAUCGCUCCUCCGCCAAUUUGUGCUCGUGCUUAAAGACAUCACGAACGGCGCCCCGACGGCCGUUGACGACCUUAUCUCGCUCCUCGACGGGCGCAACGAUGUGCUCAAGCGCGGCUUCGAGAAGCUGCCGGGCUCAAUGCAGAAGCUCGUCACUCAGCUGCCCAAAAAGCUAACCAGCUCCUUGGGCCCCGAAAUGUUGGCCGCUGCUGCCGAGGCCCAGGGUCUGAGGAAGGAGACGGACGCGGGCGGACUGGCGAGGUUUCUGAUGCCCAAGAAUCUGGGAGAUCUGAGAGAAGCGGGAGAAGGAGGAAACGGAGAAGGAGGGAAGGGAGGGUGCAUAACCGGAGGAGAAAAAAGAGGCGGCUGAGGGGACGUCGAGCGGUGUGAUGACUGAGCCGCCUGUUGAGAGGCCGCGGGCGUGAGAUGAAGAUACCCUGUGACACGAUUUCGUAGCCAACGUAAUGCCAUCGUUUCUGGUCUUUCAGUCGUCCUGGACC